GGUGCCGAGUCGAGCAGCAGCAGCGGCAGCGCCAAGGGCAAGGAGAAGGCCGUCGACCUCAAGGGCUUCGCGGCGGGCACUGCGAGCGGUGUCACUAAGCUCAUCGUCGGCCACCCGUUCGAUGUCGUCAAGGUUCGCAUGCAGUGCUCGCCUCCAGGGACCUACGCCGGCCCGCUGGCGUGCUUGAUGCAGACGAUCCGGGCCGAGGGACCGCGCGCGCUGUACAAGGGUGCAACACCACCAUUGAUCGGCUGGACGAUCAGCGACAGCAUGCUCAUGGGCUCGCUUCAUCAGUACCGCCUCAUCAUCGCGAGAGCAGAGACCGGCGACUGGUCCGGGUGGCGAGACGACGGCAAGGGCAAGAGCAAGGAGGGCGAGAGCAAGUCGUUGCAGCUCAGCUUGCCCGGUCACUUUCUCGCAGGACUUCUCGCCGGCCAGACCGUCUGCUUCGUCGCGUGCCCGACAGAGCACCUCAAGGCGCGGUUGCAGAUGCAGACGACGGGGCCCAAGCUGUACACGGGCCCCAUAGACUGCGCCCGCCAAGUCGUUGCCGCAAAAGGCUGGCUCGGCCUGUACCACGGCUUCACGGGCACGCUCCUGUUCCGCAGCUGGAUGGGCGUCAUGUUCCUGUCGUACGAGGUCAUCCUGCGCGGCUUUUCCAAAUACGCGCCCGACAUGCAGCAAGGAACCGCCAAUUUCCUUGCCGGCGGCCUCGCGAGCAACUUUUUCUGGACGGGCGCGUUCGCGUUCGACUCGGUCAAGAACCGGUACAUGACCGACUCGUUGACAAAGCCCCGGUACACGACCUGGAGGAGCUGUGCGCGCGCCAUCUAUGCCGAGGGCGGGCCCAAGGCGUUCUACCGCGGCUUCGUGCCGGGCAUCUUGCGAGCGUUCCCGACCAACGCGUCAGCACUCUUCGUCUGGGAGGGCGUCAUGCGGCUCAUGGGCGCCGAGAAGAUCGUCGAGAAGAACGAUUGAGUGGGCGCGAGGAGGGAGGAGGAAGGCGAAGGCGAGCUCGUACUUAUAGAUCGCGGGUCGCGACCUGCAAUGCACCCUUCAUCGAGCCUGU